CUAGCGUUUCUUUUAAGUCCGUUAACCGGAAGCGAUAGUUUAGGGCAUUAGAGUAAGGCGGGGUCUCAAUGUAGCCUGAGAGGGGACAUAACCUUGGCUACAGAUUAUCCCAUAACCAUCUCCACAAUGCAGAACAUGCAAGACCUGACAGGUUCUCUACCGGGGACAUAUCCCAUCACAGGCCUCUGCAUAGUCUCAGAUAAAUCUGCCUGUCCUGCAGGAUACAGUGUGAUUGCAAGAUGCCAUGACAGUAAUGAAGAAGCUGACCUAUGGAAGGACUCUUUUCUGAGGAAAAAGAUCACUAGAUUUCUUUGCAUCACAAGGGUUUUCCCCCUGGCAAAUGGAACACUGAAUAACAUAUUGGCAGAUAUUGCAGUGAUCAAUGAAAAUGAUAAUAUGCCAGCUCAGUUCUCUCGUAUUGAAUAUACACAAAACUCAGGGGAUAAAGCAUUAAAAAAGAAGGUUCUUUGUGUAAAGAUGGUCUCAAGGACAAGUGCAAAUGAUGCUAUUAGUGAAAUUAUUUUUCUCAGUAAGCUAAAAAGGCCGCCAACAGGUUACACACUUAUUGGAGACAUCAAUAACCUUCUACUGUGCACAAAGAUUUCCCCAGUACCACAAGAUGGCUCCACUGGGCAACAAACAUCACUUCCUUACAGUAUGCCGCCAUCGUACAUGUCAAAACCGCCAACUUACUCCAUGGACGCUCAGGCACAGGGACAAAAUUUGCCUUACACAGCUAACCCCAGCCUUGCUCCAUAUAUGCCUCCAAGUCACAGGCGUCCUAGCCCUGUGAUGCAGCCAUCUUGGAUGUCUAGUCAAGGUCAAGGCCACCCCGCCAGCAGUGCAGAAACAAGCGGUCUGGUAAGGCAGGGGAGCAUACAGACUGUGAACUCUCCUCUCUAUGGUAUACCCUUUGAGCUUGGUCCUAAUUUGGAAGAUUAUUCCCAUUUAAAAAAUAUGACUAUCCCUGAUGUUAAAUAUAAAACUUUGAUGGAAGUUAUGAGCGAUUACAAUUAUGACUUCAACGCAGAAAAAUCAGCAGCUGCUAGAAUGCCUCCUGAGUGAUCUAAGCCAGUGUUCUUGCUACAUUUGACAUAAUUACAAUACAACAGAGGAGCGUCUGGUGAUCAUUGCGUGGCUUUGUGUCACACCUGACACAAUGUGUUUUAUGAUGUCACAACAACUGCAAUGCAUUAGGGAUUUGUGGCACAUGGAAACCAUAACAAAAACAAGCCACAUAUAUAUAAUAGAUGGAGAUGGUGCUUUAUGUCGGUGGUGAUAGACACAGCCACUUGUGAGAAAUGACUUCAGCUGUGACAUAAUGCUUACAGAAGUUUGAAGAGCAAUUCCCAAUUUGUACCAAACUGUUGUAAAUUUUGUACUUUGAAAUGUAUUCCCUCAUUUAUUUGAUUAAUUUAGCUGAAAAUUGAAAUGAGGGUGAAAUGCAAACUGUAAAUACCCAAGAUCUGUAACUGUAGAAAAUGGAUAUAAAGAAACGUCCCAGGAUUGUUGAAAAAGUAAUAAGGGGAGCAAG